UCUAUUUUUACAUCUGUACCAAACACAGCACUCCUGCCCUCCUCAAAAGCUCAUCACUCAUCAUCUCAUCCAUGACACUUUCUCUCUAUAACCUUCUUUCCAGACUUCACCUCAUUUGAAUUUUCUUGCUCUUGCUCGUAUCUUGGACCGUCAUGCUGAAGCUGGUGUCCAGACGCAGCCGCUCUCUGCUGUCUCUCUGUCUAACCUCUCUGGCCCUGACUCUCUCUGUGCUGGCUUUCUGCACCUCCUACUGGUGUGAGGGGACACACAAAGUGGUAAAACCGCUCUGUUUGUCUCCUGUGAAGAUGAAGAACUGUGGACAGAACAUCAGCCAGCCUUAUACCACCGAGAGCCCAACUCCAGACCCCAAAACUCCUGAGACCAAUGCGACAGUUUCUCUGAAGCAGAAAGAGGAGCAAGUCCUAAUGAAGGCAAAGAAGCUGGCCAAUGCAGUACACUAUAUCUGGGAAACAGGAGAGGACAAAUACAUGCUUAGAUACUUUCACACCGGAUUCUGGCUCUCUUGUGAGAAACACCAUAGUGGUGAAGGAGAGAAAUGUCGAAGUUUCAUCGAGCUGACUCCUGAAGAAGCACAAGGGGUUCUUUGGCUCUCCUUGUUUUCUGAGUUCAUGUAUAUCACUCUGCUGGCCAUGGGAUUUCUUAUGAUGUGGAUGGAGUUGCUGUUUCUUUGCUUGAAUAAGGAGAUGUAUGCACUCAAGAUCAAUGCCUUUGCUGCCAUUUGCACCGUUCUCUCAGGAAUGAUGGGGAUGGUAGCACAUAUGAUGUACACUACAGUAUUUCAGCUGACUGUGAGCAUCGGUCCUAAAGACUGGAGACCUCAGACCUGGGACUAUGGCUGGUCAUUUGCACUAGCUUGGAUUUCUUUCAGCUGUUGCAUGGCUGCGGCUGUCUUCACCCUAAACUCCUACACCAAGACCGUGAUUGAGAUGAAGCACCGUGCUCGUAUUUACCUGGAAGACGCUACCAGCCAUGCCCCACCUUAUGACGAUAUAAUCAUGGCCGGGGCUAGCCGCAGCAUCUACUCUAUCAACCUUCCUCUUCAUCACUGCCAACAAGGGAAGCUGAUUGAUACCACAUGGUCAUCUAGAAAGGAGAGACUUCCUAGGUUGAUGAUGGAAGGAAUGAACGCUGAGGGACUGCUGAUGCUGGGAAGGUGUGGGACGCAGGGCUGCGAAGACUGCGAGAGAGAAAUGGACAAGAUUACGAAUGUUUUGGAGAAAGACGGCGACGACGAGGAAGAUGAAAUAUGCUGAGAUGACAUGGGAG